UCAUUUGCUGUCAAUUGUCAAAGAUAUUUUUCUUUUUGCUGUCAAAGUGGAGAAAACUCAAAACAUUUGGUUUUGUUGUUAAAAACAAGAACAUUUCGAUAUCAAAAAAGUCGUACAAAUUGCAACAUGGGAGAAUCAAAAUACUCCGUAAUGUGGGAUGCACACACAAAUAGUAUUUGUAAAGGGUUAAGUAAACUGCAACAGCGUGGAGAGUUCGUAGACAUGACGCUAGCUGCGGACGGUCAUUUCGUGAAGGUGCAUAAGAUGGUAAUGUGUCUUAUCAGUCCUUACAUCAAGGAGCUGAUCUCCUCGGCUGAUUGUUCACACCCGGUCAUAUUUCUCAAUCAAAUUUCUUAUGAAACCUUGGCAUCAAUAUUGGAGUAUGCAUACACUGGGCAAGUGUCAGUUGAAAAGAAUCAAUUAAACAUUUUUAUGGAAGCAUGUCAUUCGCUGCAUAUCAGUGGAUUUGAAAAUAUGGAGAGUGAUAAAGUUUCAUUUACAACUAUGGACACUAAACCUACAAAUAUAUCAAGUAAAUAUAUAUCCGAGAAUAUGCACAGUUAUAGUUUAACUGAACCUGACAACAGAACAGAUGAUGAAAAUGAUAAUGAGAUUACAAAAACCGAAUAUCUACAUAUUGUGGAAAAUGAGAAUGACGGAAAUGAGCUAGAAGAAGACAUAAAAGAACCUAUUAAGAAAGGUCCUAUUAAGCUUUCAACUUUUUCAUUUAAAGAGCCUUCGGUCCAAUACAGUCUGUCGAAUCAUGGCAAUUUGCAGCUUAUCCUCAAUCGAUAUGUGUACAACCUGAGAUAUUCUGCAAGGAAGAAUGGCCAGCGCACAUGGCAGUGUGUAGACGGACACUGUAAGGGCAAAAAGUGUCCCGCGCGUGUCGUUACACAUGGCGACGUCAUCCUGGGAAGAGUGAAACCUCACAAUCAUCCGCAUCACGAUAAGAAAAUACUACAGAAAGUGCAAGCGAGAACCAUCUUCGCAACUCUACGGGACGCAGAGCAACAAGUCAAACGGAUACAGAGAGAGAAAGAGAAGGAGUACCAAGCCGCAUGCAACAAUACGAAAUAGAUUAAACUUUUGUACAAAACCAA